AGUGAGGCUGCGAGCAGCUUUCGGCGCUUUGGGCCGAGACUUGUGGACACACUCAGAGCUCGUCUGAAUGGUAUGGUCUCUGUCUUCCUGCCCUAUCGACCAGCCAAUGACAAAAAUGCCUCGAUGGAAAUCAGCACAUGCAUGUGAAAGUCGUCUCCGCCAUUGGCGAUGGCGACUCAGAUGUAACAGCACACCGCAAGGUGCCUUGUCAGCCAUGUGGGAACAGGAGUCGAACCCCAUUUUUCACCAGGCAUCCGCAUUCUGGGGCGUUUCAAGCCAGCAUAUUUCAGGGUACAACCCUUCCGGCCUCUCCUUCGUUAAUCACAUGAUGAAGCUGGUAAAGGCACGGUGGCCGCCACUCUGCCCUCCUCCUGACUUUGCGUGCCGCUCAAUGGAGCUGAUGGAGACCAAACGUUUGGCGAGGGCCACACCGAACUCACUAAAUUGUAAUAGGAUUAGCGCGGUCAUGAUGUUACAUACAAAUCCUGCUAGCAAUGCAUGAUCCUUGCAGCAUUGAUUAUUCACUGGCAGAACUAAAAUUAGUUAACCGCGCUUGAGGAAAAAGAUAAUCUUCAUGACGAAGGUUGUUGGUGGCUGAGUGCCUGAUCUGCGGAGUCCGCCAAAAUUUGCCGAAUGGAAUCACAGACUGACCAGAAUAUCGCAGGCUGAGGGCCUUCUCAUCCAUCCAGACAACACCAAUGCUCUGCCUCUUUGCUGCACAAGCUGAAAAGAAACCAUUAGUCUCGUUGUGUGGAGAUUCUGGAACCACCUGAUUAUUUUGAUUUCUUGGAGCACCCCAUAUGCAAUUUCUUCAGAGAAAUUAAUUUAGGACAUUUGCUGCUGUUCCAUGCAAUUUUAUACGGAACAUGGAAAGUUGUGGACAUCUGAAAGGUUCGCUAUAAUGCAGUCCUGUGGAGCGCCUGAGAAGGAAUUUUGCCGAUUCCUUCCUGGUUUCGAUCUUCAUGAAUUCAUUCCCUAUGAAUUCUGCCUUCGAAGAUUGAAGCUUAGCGAAGUCAUUUGUUGCAUGAUGCUUCACCAAACUUCCCUAGAUUUUGUUAUUUUUAGGCAUUGCAGGGGGACUUUGCUUGAACUAGGACUCAAGAGGUUCGUCCAGCUUUUUCAAGUAAUCUCUAAGGCGGAAAAGGCGCCGAUAUAUAUACAUAUAUAUUUUCUGGAGGAUGAGCCCACCGUGCCGAGCUCAUCUCUCUCGAGUCUUAUGCAUUGCUAGUUGUAGCUUGGACAGGAUAUCACGGCGAGUCCUUUACACUAAGUCCUAACGGGAAUGUCUAGACUCUAAAA